AUCUUUAAAGUAAAUUUUAACUCGAGUGAAAUAGUAAUUUUGAAAAUUGAAAAAAAAAAAUCCUUCGUCAAAUGUUACGGUUGCACCCGUAAUGUCAGGUAUCAAACUUUUUUGUUGAGUCCAAUUGAGAUCUAUUUAUUUAUUUAUUUAUUUAUUCCAAAAAAACAUUAACUUUUUACCCGUUCAAAGUGAAUUUUAGAGUCGAAUCAUAAUAUUGUAAUAUAUAAUAAAAAUUAGGGUAGAGUAUUUCAUUUAAUUUUAUCUUUAAAUUUUUUAUUUAUAUUAAAAAUGUUUUUGAAUGUUUUUAAUUUUACGCUUAAUUUUUAGAUAAAAUUAAGUUUAUUAUCUAAUUUUGAUAUAAAUAAAAAUAUUAUGUAUAAAAUAAAAUAAAAUUAAAUAUUAAAAAUAUUAUUUUUAAAAAAAUAAAAAAAGAGAUAUGUACUCAAAAAAUCAUUUAUACCAAAUUUUAUUACUAAAAAAAGAUAUUAGUUUUCAUAUAUAUUUUUCUAAAAGAACGGAUACAUACGCGGACCCAUCAGCGGAGAUCAAGAAACUUCGUUGUGUGUGAAGCAGCUGAAAGGCUGUGAUCGAUGCCACCAGUCACAACCACUGUGGCCACCGCGUAGCCUCAUGGACACGUGGCCUCCUAUAACUUUACCCUCCUCCCUCCUCGUGACACUUGAUAGCGCCACAUUACUUAUUUCUUUUUUAGUUUUCACACAAAAGUCCUUGCUACUUACCAUUUCUCAACACGUGUCGCCACGUGUAACAUCAUUUCCUUGGUUACUCAACUUCGGAACCAUGGUUAGGUUAGUCUCAUUCUAGUUUAAGAAAUAAGAACUUAUAUAAAUAGAAUGCGUCUCACGAUACUAUUUAUAUCAUGUUUUUCUCAUUUUUGUCAAUGCAUAGUGCUGUAGUGAUAAAUUCACAGUGAGUAGUGAGUGACUUCGCACUUGUUUUCCUUUCUCUAAUUUCAAGCAUUAACAACAAUGGGUCUCUCAAAUUACCCGUGUGCUGCUGAAGGGGUGAUACCUUUAAUUGUGAUGAACACGGUUAUGUCUGUUGCUAUAUUGAAGAACAUGUUUAGAUCGGUGCUUCAAGCUGUUGGUGCCACCAGUUCUUCAGAUACCACUUCUUCAGAUUACCCAACGUAUAUUAGCAUGUUUGAAGACACAACAUCAUGUGAAAGUUCGGGUUGUUCUAGGCCAAGAAGGGUGUCCAUAACACAGUACAAGUCAUUGUGCCACAACAACAAUAAUAAGAGUGUUAUGGUGGAGUGUUGCGUGUGCCUCACAGGGUUCGAAGCGAAUCAAGAGGUUAGCGAGUUGCCUUGCAAGCAUUUCUUCCACACAAGCUGCUUAGACAAAUGGUUUGACAACUGGCACACCACUUGCCCUUUGUGCCGUUCGUUCUCCUAGACUACUAAUUAGUAUUAAUGUUAUGUCUACUUUCUCAAUUAGGCAACAUGUUUAGCUAGUUAGUUAUGGUUUAAUCAACUAUAGAACUUAUAUACAUAUGUAGUGAGCUCUCUUACUUUUUGUCUGUUUAAUUUGUUUACCCCUUUCGAAGUUAAGCUUUUUUUAAUGUAUUUUCGGUUUCUAUUUCGAAACA